AUGAAGUCACUUGGCAAUACAAUCCUCAUCAUCCUCGUUGGCUCAUCCCUAACUGCAGCCGAGAAGCUCGAGUCCUCAUUCAGCACAGAACCGCGGGCUGCGUCCAUUGUGGGCAGCGAGCUUCAAAUAGAGGAUCAAAGUGCAAGUGUGGACGGCCAGGACGAUAUACUCCCGCCAUACAAGCUUAUCAUCACCACUAAUCCUGGUAUGGGUUUCCUAUGA